CAGGGCGCGGAGCCCCGGAGCAGCGCGGAGGGGAGCAGGCAGGGCUGCGGCAUGGAGCGGAACCGGACCCCUCCCCGCUACGGGUCGCUGGAGUCCACCCGCUGGCCGCCCCACGGUGCGGGGCCAGCAUCCACUGGACAUCUGCUGGCUGACCUGGCUCCUGUUUCACUUGCAGAAGAGGAGAUUGUUUCCAUGGCUGACUCCACUACCACCAUCGAUGAUAUUGAGGGAGAGCUCUUCAGAAUCGAGCGGAUCAGGGAGAUCCUGGUGAGGAGAGAGUCAGAGCUGCGCUACAUGAUGGAUGACAUUCAGCUUUGUAAAGAAAUCAGUCGGCUGAAGAAGGAGCUUCAGAAACUCAUUGCUCUUCCAGAGCACGAGAAGUCCAACGAGGAGAAGCAGAGGGAGGAGGAGCUGGUGCAGCAGAUACACAAGCUGGUGGAGACACGGGAUUUCCUGGUGGACGAUGUGGAGUUUGAGAGGCUCAGGGAAAGGGAAGAGGACAAGGAAAUGGCAGAGUUCCUGCAAAGUAAGCUCUCCAAAAGCUACCUCCAGAAAGCAACUCCUGCCAAAGAGAAGAAAAUGACUUCCAGAGGACAGCAAACCUCCACACCAUACGUGACCAAAACAGGCCUCACCCUGCUCAAGGAGUGCUGUGGCUUCACCUGCUCCAUUAUGUAGGGCAUACCCAGCUCUGCAACACAGGACAUGACCAUGGUCUUCAACCAGAGUCCACAGUCUGCUCUCCUCCCAGAGUUUCAGCUUCCUGUCACUGUUUAUGCUUUCCACUGCAGCAUCACCACCAAAGAGACUUUGCAAGCAGGCUGGGGCAAGCUUA